CCUCGCUCUCGCCGCACAACUAUCGUCUUCUUCAACCAAAUUAGGUUUGAGCUGUGAGCAGAGAGCAGUCGAGGAUCAUCAUGGGUCACUCCAACGUGUGGAACUCGCAUCCGAAGAAAUAUGGUCCGGGGUCUCGCACCUGCCGAGUGUGUGGAAACUCCCACGGGCUAAUCCGCAAGUAUGGUCUCAACUGCUGUAGACAGUGCUUCCGUAGCAACGCCAAGGAAAUCGGAUUCAUUAAGUACCGUUGAUGAUCGAUGAUGUCUACUCAUGAGCAUCGUGUCUUUUGGGUUUUUUAAAACUUUUAAGCUUUUGAUAUUUGUAAUGGAUUUAUCUACAUUGAAUCAUUUUACAAGGCUUUUGAGCUGUUGAAUUUAUCUUUAUCUUUGCUUAAUUGAUCAGAUGUAUUCUCUCUAUAUUGAUCGUCACUCCAAAUUGUUAA